GUAAUUAAAUUCAGAUAUAAAUUGAAUAGUAAAAUUGCAUUACUAGCUUUGGGGAUACAACUUCCGGUGUCCACACGCCGAACUAUUUUCUUGUGGUGGUAGGUAGCGAAACUUACAAGUACCACACGUGCAUUUAUAUGGGUUUAAAGUGAAGAAUUACAGGGACCCAUUUCUCAGAAGAAUCUUUUAAGAACCUCCCCCCUCCUCCCACACCUGCUUGCCCUCCCGCUGUCUUCUGCACGUCGUGGCGUGUCCAAUGGAGCCGGAGCUUCUGACGGAAGUGCCGGCGGCGCUGAAGCGCCUGGCCAAGCAGGUGGUGCGGGGCUUCUACGGGGUGGAGCACGCGCUCGCCCUGGACAUCCUCAUCCGCAACCCCUGCGUGCGCGAGGAGGACAUGCUGGAGCUGCUCAAGUUCGACCGCAAGCAGCUGCGCUCCGUGCUCAACACCCUGAAGGCCGACAAGUUCGUCAAGUGCCGCAUGCGCGUGGAGACGGCGCCCGACGGCAAGACCACGCGCCACAACUACUACUUCAUCAAUUACCGGCUGCUGGUCAACGUGGUCAAGUACAAGCUGGACCACAUGCGGCGGCGCAUCGAGACGGACGAGCGGGACUCCACCAACCGCGCCUCCUUCCGCUGCCCCUGCUGCUCCAAGACGUUCACGGACCUGGAAGCCAACCAGCUCUUUGACCCCAUGACCGGGACGUUCCGCUGCACGUUCUGUCAGACGGAGGUGGAGGAGGACGAGUCGGCCCUGCCCAAGAAGGACGCCCGGACGCUGGUGGCCCGCUUCAACGAGCAGAUCGAGCCCAUCUACGUGCUGCUGCGCGAGACCGAGGACGUCAACCUGUCCCACGACCUGCUGGAGCCUGAGCCCGCCGAGAUCCCCGCCCUCAAGCAGAGCCGGGACCGGGCGGCGCAGGCGGCGGCCGGGGCGGCGGGGGCCGGGCCCGGGGCGGGCGGGGCCCACCCAGAGGCGUGGUCGUCGAAGGGCUCCACGUACGCGGACAUGUACACGCAGAACGUGGUGAUCAGCAUGGACGAGCCGGACGAGCAGAGGAGGCAGGCCAGCGAGGGGAAGGCCCCCCGGGAGCGGCCGGUGUGGCUCACCGAGAGCACCGUGCAGGGGGCCUACAGCGAUGCCGACGCCCUCAACAACGUGGGAGAGGACAUGGGCGCCCAUCGCCAGGGAGACAGCGGACGCGAGGCGCAGCCCAACGAGAACGAGGAAGUGAUGCGCGCCCUGCUGAUCCACGAGAAGCGGAGCGCGGGGGGCGCGGUCGGGGGCGUGGCCUCCGGCGGGGCCGGAGCGGGGUCGGCGCACCUCUCGACGGUCAACGCCAGCGACUCGGAGAGCGACACCAGCGAAUCGGACGAGGACUCCCCGCCGCGCCCGCCCCCCCGCGGCGGGCCGAGGGAGGAGGAGGUGGAGGACGAGGAGGAGGACGAGUUCGAGGAGGUGGGCGAGGAGGAGCCCACGGUGCUGGUGGGCGGGAGGCCGUUCUCCUACCACGACGUCAGCCAGCGGCCCGAGCUGGUGGAGCAGAUGAGCCCGCAGGAGAAGGAGGCCUACAUCGAGAUGGGCCGCAACCUUUUCCAGAACAUGUUCUUCUGAACUCCUCUCUCUCUUUCUCUUGCUCUCUAUUUCUCUCCCUCUCUUGCUCUGUGUGUCUCUCUCUCUCACUCUUGCUCUCGCUCUCUCUGUCUGUCUGUCUCUCUGUGACUGAUGACCAUUACAGCCAAAGUGACCGCUGUUUAUUUUUGCAGAAGCAACUGAGUUAACAUUCCGUCGUGCGGUAUUUCUGGACACGUUCACUCAAACCACUCCCAUCUCUGAUGGGCACAAACGUGGCUGUUGGGUAAUCGUUUCUAAAACACACCCCCCUCCCCCGUUUCUUUGUGAAGUGAGUGUCUCUUAUAUUGUAUAUAAUAUACAGACGGGGGUCUACGUGGUGUAUACUGUUCACACGGAGGGAUAAAGAACCCAACGCUGUGGAGAUCCAGAAGAUGUGUGCUUUCUUUGCUAGCAAUUUUCUAGAAAUGCACUGAAACACACCAUUUUGUGAUUUUAUCCAGCAGUGUCUUACAGAUUUUAUUUCUCGUUGCCAGUGUUUAAUGACUCAUUCUCAUGGUCACAUUUCAGGUUUUCAGGCUUCUGACUGAUAAGGGGGAGUGUGCUCUGAGUGGUCUACAUGUGUUCAUACACCGAGAUUUAAGAAAGCCAAAGCCAGGCCCAGGUCACGCUAUGCUCGUUUGGUAGAAAAUGGCGUUCCACGUAACACUUCCCCGAUUCCCUCCCCCGCUCCCCCAGGGCUGUUUACUUUGCCCGUGUGCUGCUUUCAAUGUUCAGAAUGUAAAGCUCGGUUUCUGAAACAACGUUCUUUGGAGACAGUUAAUGCUUUUUUUUUUUUUUAGUCAGGUCAUUCCGCACAUGGCAUUCUUGCUCGCGUUCAUUCCCCCUCAUUACUAUCAAUUUAUCUUUCCUUUAUUUGUUCUUUCCUUCCUUCCUUGAAAAGCUGAAAGGGAGAAAAGCGGAUAACAUUGAGCCUGAGGUUAUUGAGUAACCUUCUCGUGCUCCUGUGUCUCGGCGACCCUGUGGAGCUCAGACGGAGUGCACUUCCUGUUGCUUGAUGGACAGGGAAGGGAAGCCGUUGGCAGAGGGUUGGAGGUAGAAGUGUUGGGGAGUGGGGGAUGGGGGGUGGGGUUGGGGGGGAGGGGGGGCUGGCAGCACAUGGUUCUGCAUGUGCUUUCCUCAGCAGGUCAGAGAAGAGCCUCGUGCACUGCUGCCUGUGGCCAAGUUUGAGCAAUGCCUCCCUGACACAUCUUCGUUUCUGGAAUCUUCUCUCCUUCCUACUGUACCGCUGCAGUGUUUAUCAUAAGAAGAAGAGGAAAGGACUAUAUGAAAGGGUUGACAAGUGGUUAAAGGAAGUCAAUGCCUAUUGUAUUUAUGACAUACGUUGCAAAGUUCUCGAAACUGUAGUUAAAUGGUUUAUUUUGGCUGUAAUUUAGAUUCAUUUGUAUUUUAUGAACUCGUUUGCUCUGCUUGUGUAACUUUUUUUUUUUUCUUUUGGUGACAUCCUUAAAGAGCAUAACCUAGUCACGUAUAUUUGUUUCUCGUUUUGCCCUUAAUAAGAGGCGCCACUAAUAGCAAUAAACAGUCCCUUUUUUGUGCAGUGA